AUGGACGAUUUUGCGUCGUUGCGCGACUCGACACCCCAGACUGCCUCGGCAGAGGACGUGUGGCCAGACCUGAACCCAGUCGAGAUGGUCGAGCAUUUCGCCAAAUUAGAGAACUACGAUGAGAACGCGCCCCUUUCAGAGCUCAUCUCGCUUGAGAGGCAGCUCAGCUGGUCCGCGAAGCUCUCGCUGUCCGAGCUCGAGGAGUUCUUUGAGCCCUCUAACGUGUCUCAGCCCCCGGCGCCACAACUGCAGCCUCAACCCCAGGACCUGCACAGCGAACAGGUGCGAGUCACACUGCUGCAUAGGACCCGUAAUGCCCAGGGCUGUGAGUGGCAGAUGGUGGCGUCUAAAGAGGAGAUCAGAGUGACGCGAAACCGAGGCAAGCUGUUCAAGGUGGUGGUGGAGAGUAGCGCACCCUUCACCAGAAACGACGUCCACCUUUUCCUGGCCGAUUCCUCCGUGCCGUCGCUCGGGUCCUCUCCCGCACACGGCACCUCGUCCUACGACCCCUCUUCCUCCUCCAGCUCGCCGUCGACCUCGCCACCGGCCUCGUCGCCGCUGCAGUUGUCGGCCCACGACCUCGUGGUGCAGUCGAUCGACGAAGUCCAGCCGAGCAAGACCACGGGCGCCGACGGCCGGCCGACGAGCUACUCAGUCGAGGUGAAGGUGAAGCUGUGCCUCAUCGGCAAGGGCAUCCAGAUCGCGGCGCGCAUCACGCCGCCGCACGGCCGCGCGUCCGUUGGCCGAUCCGUCGAGUUCAUGACGCACAACAACGGCAAACAGAAGCUGCGCACAGAAGCCAAGAAAAAGAAAGAGAAGGAGAAGACGACGACGACAACGAAGAAGAAGAGGUCGGGCAGCAAGCUUUCGCGCGUGGACGGCAGCGAACAGGACAGCCACCAGGAGCUGCCGGUUCCCGCUUCUGCUGCUGCUGCGUCAUCGACGGGGCUCAAGGUCGAGCCGGACACGGGCGGCAUCUACGACCUGCCGGAACAGCACAUGAGCACCCCCAUGCGAGGGUCCAGCACCGACUACACGGGAGAGAUGUCAUCGUCGGGGAGCGACGAAGACGAACUCCGACAUCACAUGGCCAGGGUGCCCCUCGUUGCGCCUUCCUUCUACUCGGUCUCUGACGAGAGCCAGCACCAGCAGCCCAUGGGCCAGCACCACACGAUGGCCACACCGCAGCAGCCAUACUCGGGCGUGGCCGGCGGUUUCGAGCGAAGCGAGACUCCCACGAUGGCGCGUCGACAGUACGACGGUAUGACGCCACGAGGGUCCAUGAUCGACGCCAGCGGGGAGAUGGACAUCGGACGCGUCACGGUCGUCGACGACAGCGGCGGACCGUCACACCACCCGGCGGCCUAUCUCGCCAACGGCGUCGGUGGCGGGCUGAACACGGAGCCGGAGGCCGCCGCGGGGAUGGCGAUGGGAGGCAGCGCGGACAUGGCGCACGGCGCGAUGGGAAUGACGAUGGGGAUGGGAAUGGACGGUGGCGGCAUGUUUCUGCCGAACGACGGCAGCUACGGCGGCGGAGUGGGCAACGCGGAGGACCUCAGCGACUACGGGCGCGGCGAGCCCAUGCUCGCGCCGGGCCUGCUCAAUCGACACGCGGGGCGGAAGAGGAAGAUGGACGGCAUGCACGGCGGCGGAGGUGGCGGCGGCGGUCGGGGGUCUUCGCCUUACCCCGACCACCUGUCGAUCCGUGGUGGGCUGCACGUCGAGGGCAUCGUCCGUGCGCAGGGCUUCAUGCAGUACUCUGACCUGCGGCUGAAGACCAACGUGGAGGACAUCGUCGACGCCGUGAGCCUCAUCUCGAAGCUGGAGGGCAAGCGGUAUCGGUGGAAGAGCCAGGAGGAGGUCGAGCAGCUGACCGGCAAAUCCACGCCCAUCUCGCUCCAGAACAACGGCGGCCUCAAGGUCAUCGGCCUCAUCGCGCAGCAGGUCCAGCAAGUUCUGCCCGAGGUGGUGCGCGAGGAUGAAGAUGGGUUCCUGUCGGUGGACUAUGUGGAGAUCAUUCCGGUCCUCAUCGAGGCGUUCAACCAGCACCUGGAGGUCUACCAUCGGGAGCAGAAGGAGCUCAAGAGCGAGUUCGACACCUGGCGACGGCUGCUGGGCGACAAGGACGAGCCAUCGACAGAGAAGAAGAAGAGCGCGGAAUCGUCGACGACGAUGCUCAAGGAGUUGAUCAUGGUCAAGAAGCAGCCUGGAGGCAAGACCGCCGGGCUGACGCGUCGGGCCAGGAACGACAGCAGCGGGAGCGAGGCUGACCUCGAAGCCGCCCGCUCGCCGAUCGACGAUGAGGAGCCCGACAGUCUCGAUCGCUCCAGUGGCAGCACCACGGAUGGCGAGGAGGACGUGGAGGAGGACUUCCGGCACAACAGCACGCCGCUCAUGGCCGACCAGGCCAAGGCCGCAGGCGUGGCCGGCGGCGCGGAGGAGCAGUCUGACCUGCUGGCGGUGGACCUGGACCGAUUAGUCGCCAACAAGGGCCAUCUCGCCUCCCUCGCCGCGCAGAUGAACAAGCUCAUUCCGGACAGGCAGUACACCGACUUGCUCAAGUAUGUUCGAGACCAGAAGAAGAGCGACAGGAAGCGAAACAGGCGAUUGUUCUUCCUCUUCGUCUUCGCUUGCCUCGCGCUCUUUGCCAUCAACAUCGCCGUGUCGAUCGGCGUUCCCUUUGGCGUCACCUACAUCGCGGAGAGCCACGUGUAG